GCCGUGCCAGCCUUUCACAGCGACGGAAAGCAGCACUGGCUGGCGGGGAGCGACACAGAGGAAGAAUGAGUGUGUGUGUGCGAGAGAGAGAGAGAGAGAGAGAGGGCAGGCUUAUAUAACAACAGCUCUGGGAGAUGCUGGAGCGAUGAGGAGAUCCUCGCCGGACAAUAAAGCAAGGAAAACGGCGAUCUGAACGGCCAUAAACUGAUGGGUGAUCGCACGAUAUGAGGACGCCGUGCGCACCGCGCCGCCGCUGAAGCUUUCCCCCAAGGAUCCUUCCUGGAGUCAGUGACCACAGCCUUGGAUAUUAAAUCCCUCUUUGCUGUGACGCAUCCAUCGUUCCAACGCUGCUAUUGGAGUCUGUUGCAACAAAAAAAAAAAAACAAGACAAUGUGCCGGAUGUCGCGGCUCUUUAUAAAAUUAUGAGGUUCUAAGUAGGUUACAGAUCAUCUCGCUUCUAAUUCAUGAAAUGGCCUUCCACUGAGGGUAGAGACGGUAAACGGUGUAGGGAUGGUGGCGCCUCUCUACAAGCUGCACUGCCUCUUGAAGCGGGCUCAGAUGCUGCUGCUCUGCCUGGGCAUCGCCUAUCUGAUGGCCGGCAGCAUCCUGCUCCUGCAGCGCUCCAGCGUCCGAGUGGCCCAGCCUAACCUCUCCAGCCUGCCCCCCCUGCUGUCUCUCGCAGCGCCCCCUACUGCCCUCAGGGCGGCGGGCCUGGGCGUGAGGGCGCGCUCCAGAUGGGCCGCCGUUCAGUCUGUUUCCGGAGGGGGCUCCAAGGCAGGACGGCACUGGCCCGCUUCCCGAAGCCUCGGGGUCCAACACUUGCAUCGCCGCUGGUUUCACAGUCUGCUGCCAGACAGUCCAGAGCAGAGAGCUUCUCUCCCCAGGAGCAGCAGACGCAAAGGAACCUACAUCGGCUGCUUCCUGCACAACGCAACUGACAGAGCCCUCGGAGGAACGGUGCUUUAUGACCUGCGCAAAAUGACCAGUUCUCUGUGUCAAGACACCUGCUCAGAAAGUGGGUACCAGUUUGCCGGUCUGGAGUUCGGAGCAGAGUGCCACUGUGGAAACAGGAUCAGUAGCCCACGGGCUCCGGAGGAAGACUGCAGUCUGGUGUGUCGGGGCGAGAGGGAUUCUCCCUGCGGCGGCGUGGGACGUCUCUCCAUUUACAAGGUGGAGGAGCAGCUGCCAGGUCACAGAAAAUUUAGAAACAUUCACUACAGCGGCUGCUUCAAGUUGGUGAAAAGCACCAUCGGCACCUUCCCCAUCUACUCCUUUCAGCCGAACCUAACCACACAGUCCUGCAUUGAGACCUGCACUGAUAAGGAGCUCCCGCUGGCUGUGCUCAAGAAGCCCCACUGUUUCUGUACUUGGACGUCAUCUGUUUUCAACCUCAACCAGCAGUCGGAGAACCAGCAGUGUAUGGAGAAGGCUGCUCUGAACCGCUCCACCAAUUCCACUGAGCACGACCACUAUCAGGUGUAUCACACACCAGUGCUCGACUCCAGGUGCAAAGAGAGGAUGUUUCUGCCUCAGAGAUCCAGCUCCCUGGUGGCUCUUUCUAGUUUUCCUGGUGCAGGCAACACCUGGGUACGGCACCUGAUUGAGCUCGUGACUGGCUACUACACAGGCAGCUUCUAUUUUGAUGGCACUCUGUACAACAGAGGUUUCAAAGGAGAGAAGGACUACUGGAAGAGCGGACGCAGCAUCUGCGUAAAGACCCACGAAAGCGGUCAGAAAGAGAUCGAGAUGUUUGAUUCUGCCAUCCUGCUGAUUCGAAACCCUUACCGCUCACUAAUGGCUGAAUUCAACCGCAAGUGUGCCGGACACCUAGGGCACGCCACAGAUGCACAGUGGAAGAGUAAAGAAUGGCCAGAAUUUGUCUCCAGCUAUGCCCCCUGGUGGGCAUCCCACGCCCUGAGCUGGCUGAAGUUUGGACACCGGCUGCUGGUGGUGCAUUACGAGGAGCUCCAGAGAUCUCUUCUCCCCCAGCUCCGUCUCAUCACUGCCUUUCUGAACGUGACCAUGACUGAGGAGAGGCUGCUGUGCGCUCAGAGCAACCAAGACGGGCAUUUCAAGCGCUCGGGGUCCCAGCGGCCCUCCUUCGACCCGUUCACCCCUGACAUGAGGCAGAUGAUUGACACCUUCAUUCAUACCGUUGACCAGGCGCUGCAGAGCAGGAACUUAAGCGGACUUCCACGGGAAUACCUCCCCAGAUGAUGAUCCCAGACGGUUAGGUUAAGGAGGUAGUCCUUUCAACGACUGGAUCGGCAGGGGGCUGCGAAAGAGAAGUUUUUCACCAAGUGUUCUGUUGGGAACUGAGUAGCCCCCCCCCCCCGACUCUUUGAUAAACCAGCCACACUGUGAAUUGCUGUUGAGUCAUGGUGACACAAUAGAAGUCGCUGGAGAAAACAUGACAAUUCAUUGUGAAAUCCAACAGUGAACAGUAAUGAAAGCCUCGGGGCUGGGACCACCUCUCUGAGAGCAGCAAAUAUGACAAAUACUCAGAGAGGAUUUGACUUGAUUUGUUCGCCUGCAGAGCUGGGAUUAUCUAGCAAAGUGCUUUACAGCACAAAUACCAGUGUGUAUAUCCAGGACAGCCUCGUUUUGAUUUUCUCUUCCUCAUUAUAAUUUCCUUUCGUAAAUAUAUAUAUAUAUAAAUAUAUAUUAUGUUUUUACCAUACACCCAUGAUAAUAAAAAUGAACUGUCAUACUAACACAGAUGGUAAACAUGAGAGCAUUACUCUGGGAGAUUCCACGUGUGGCUCUACGGACCCUCCAUGCUACCGGUUUCACUUGACAUGAACUCAGAAAGAAGUCUGUCGCAGUGCUUCUGCUGUAAACUGGAUACGAAAUCAAAUGUUUCUAUGAGACUUUAUUUCAUUAAAAAGCAUUCAGUUUCAAA